UUGGCAGACUCCAUGAAAAGAACAUACUUGCAAAUGACCCGGAAUUAUGUGGAUAUUCCAGAUUAUUGGGAAGAUAACCCUAUGCCCAAACCUGAUUUUAUGCGAGAAAAGAAUAAAAAACUUCUUGUACCAAAACAGUUAAAACAUAAAUCUGUCACGGAUAUUACCCUACGAAAGUAUCCAAAGCGAAACGUUUCUGCAAAAAAUUAUUUCGAAGAAGAAGAAACGACAAUCGAUCGUUAUGUUUUUUGUGAUAAUUGCGAGGAAGAUUAUCUGGAUUAUUGUUCGAAAUGCGGUAUGCUAGUUAUAUUAAAAGAUAAUCCGGUACCGAUGGGUGUCGAAAUGCGUGCAAUAAAAACAGUUCCUAAGGGAAUUUUGGAGGUUAGACCUUCGAAAAUUCACGGUUUAGGCGUUUUCGCAUUAAAAAUUGUGCAAAAAGGAAUACGUAUGGGUCCUUAUCAAGGAAAAGCGACGAAAUUAGACACUUUUAAAGGUUAUGCUUGGAAAUUGAGGGACGGGUAUUUAAUUGACGGUAGCGAUGAAAAAUAUUCGAAUUAUUUGCGUUAUGUUAAUUGUGCUCGUAACGUUUCGGAACAGAAUUUGAUAGCUUAUCAAUAUAAAAGGGAAUUGUACUAUAGAACGUCGAAAGAUAUAUUCCCGGGGGAAGAAUUGUUGAUUUAUUACGGUAAUAGUUUUGCCAAAAAUUUGGGUAUCAAUACGAAGAGUUAUUUCGAACCAAUUGAACAAAUAGACGAAAUUGCGUCGUUUUCUUGCAAAUACUGCCAUAUCGGAUUCACUAACGGGGGUUAUAGGGAUAAUCACGAGGUUAAAUGUAAAUUUAAUCCUGUAAGAACGAGAAAAGUUGACGAAUUUUUCAUUUGCAAAUAUUGCGAAUGUGGUUUGACCUCUAAGGAAUAUUUGGAGCAGCACGAAAAAUAUUGUAGACGCAGAUUCGAAGGGAAAAAAAAGGUGGAAGAUGUUGAAGAUAAGAAAAAACACAAAUGUACAUAUUGCGAUUAUAUGAGUAAAUCUAAGAGUUAUUUGAAGAGACAUGUUUUAAGUAAACACGAAAAAGAGAAUAUGAAUGAAAUUUUUUAUUGUAAUAUAUGUAGAUAUAAGGGUUAUUUCAAAAAUAAUCUUAAGAACCAUUCGAAAAUACACGAAGCGAGUAGAUUUUUGUGUGUUGAAUGUAAAAUUGUUUAUAGAACUAAGUUAGGUCUCGAUAAUCAUUUUGUUACGAAACAUCCUAACAAAGUUAAAAUUUUGACAAGGAAAAUAUUUCAAUGCGAAUAUUGCGCUUUUAAAACUGUCAUAAAAAGUAGCUUGGAAUACCACAAAUGUAUUAAAAAAUUGGAAAAACAAAUGGAUAUAAAAAAAGAAAACCUUUGUACUAAAUGUAAUUAUUCUACUAAUCGUAAAGGAGAUUUGAAUAAACAUUUACGAAUUCAUAAUAAUGAAAAACCGUUCAAAUGUCAACUUUGUCAGACAUUUUAUAUGAGAAAAAGAGAUAUGGACGCUCAUAUAUUAAAUAAGCACAAAAAUAAUUUAAUAUUAAUGCAAUCGAUUACUUAUAAAAUUCACAAAUGCCAAAUUUGUUUCUAUCAAACUGUGAAUAAGACAAACUUAAAAUGCCAUCUAAAAACCCAUCUCAAAACUAAAACCCAUAUUUAAAUCUGUUUUCAAUUACAAUUGACAAAUUUGCUUCGUUUUUUCAUCAAAUACUGUUAAUUUAAAUAAAAUAUCUUUUAAAUGCUACUAAAUAGUGAGAAAAAGGAUAAAAAUGUUAAUCAAAACAAUUGUUGCAAAUUUAGUUUAAAUUUUCACAUUUGAAUGGCAAAUAAAAAUUACUGUCUUAUAGUAUCUGCCUAUAUAUAAAAGCAUUACUAAAAAAAAUCCUUCAGAAAUAUCCAACACCCUCCCGAUUGAAAUAUCUAAUAAGUUCUAAAAACUUAUAAUAUUAACAGAAUUAUUCUAAAAAAUGUCUUAUGAUUAACUGUAAUUAUAAAUUAUAGUUUAAUACAUUCUAAUUGUUUUUUUUUAUAGUAAAAUAAUAUUAAUAUAAAUGCCCUAUUUUCGUUGGCAAUAGAUCAUUUAAAGCUCUUUGUGAGCCUUAGUUAAUGUUUUAGAUGUUUAUCAAUGUUUUUAUCACAAAUUUGUAUAAAAUGUUCAAAUAAAUGUAUUUGGAAUUUAUUAUUUGUUUAUUUACAAACCUUACACCCGAAUUAAUUGAUUCGAUUUUGUAUAAAAUUAAUUUAUUU